CAUUUUCAUUUGCACUCUGUGCUCUAACCUAAAAAUCUGUUGAUGGAAAAAUAAACUUUCGAAAUCGGGAAAUUGAAAUGUUUUCUAUACUGAGGAGCACACUGAGUAUUUUCCGAAAUGGAUCGAAUAUACCGGACGUCCCAUCUAGAUUGCAUCACUUACUGAUGUCGCCCGUUACAGCAAGAGCAAUCACACCAAACUAUAAUUUCUUGGCACCUACGAUUACGGAAUACGUUUCGAAAUGCGGCUUUAAGGUUAAAGGACUCCUCCGAAAAAGAUGCAAAGACUGUUUCUUCGUCGUGAGAGACGAAGGUUUACAUGUAGUUUGCAAGACUCACCGCAGACAUAAACAGAUGGCCAUGAGGAAAAAGCCUCGUAAUACUUGGAUACUUUCGCAUGCUACUCAGGGCAAAGUUAGACCGUGGUGAUAGAGCUUUGUAUAUAUUUGUAGUGUUUAGGUUUCAAUAAAUAUUUCACGAAUC